UUUAAGAAUUUCUUAACUUUAUCAGUGCUAAAAAUGGCUAAUGUGCAAGCAGUCGAAAUUAACACAAGCUGCACUGGUAAAAUAUCUUCCAGGCUUGCUUAAAUUCUGUAAUUUAUAUAGCAGGACUUGUAAGAAAAUUUGAUGCCAAGCAAUUAACAAAGAUAGACUUACAAUUAUGCCUAGAAAUAGUAUAAAGCCAGCUGUAAGUGAAUUUACGUGAAGAUUUUUGAAGAAUUGUUGAAUUUCAACCUGUUUGUAAAAUUGUAUAUAUUGUGGCAUACUGUGUGUAUUAUACAGUUAAGGCCUCUAUAUAUACCAAAUUACGGACAUAACAGACUAUGGAAAUUACGGACCAGACAUAACAGACCAUAUUUUAAUUUAGGGACAUUACGGACCAUCUUGAGAAACUUACAAACAACGAUUUCAAUUGUUAUUAACUUUUUGUUUUAAUUCAUUCACUCCAACUGGCAAUUUCUGUUGCAUUUAGAUUGUUAGAUUUUUAUCAAAAAGUAACGAAGGGUACCAGUCUAAAUGUAUGCGUAAAGGCUAAAGACAACUGAUUUUUGUUGUUCUUCUUUUUAAUCGAUUAAAUUUGAAAAAUAUUAUCUUUUCUGCUUUAAUUCUAGAUUGUUCGACAGUAGACCUUUUCGGUAUUUUGUAAAAAGUACAAGACGUAAUGUUUGGUCAGCUGGUGAUAGGUCCACCUGGGUCGGGGAAGACCACCUACUGUGCCGGCAUGCAGCAGUUCCUUCAGGAGUUCGGCAGGGAGGUAGCGGUGGUCAACCUUGAUCCAGCCAAUGACAUGAUGAAGUACAAGCCUGAUAUUGACAUCACUGACCUCAUUACAAUCUCUGACGUCAUGGAUACCUUGAAACUGGGACCCAAUGGCGGACUGGUGUAUUGUAUGGAGUACCUUGAGCAGAACAUGUCAUGGUUGGAGGAGGAGCUGGCGCGUGUGAAGGGUCGUUAUCUCCUGAUUGACUGUCCCGGCCAGGUGGAGCUGUACACCCACAAUACUGCUGUCCACAACAUCGUCCAGCGCCUCAUAAAGAUGGAUAUCCGCCUGGUGGCAGUACACCUUGUUGACUCACAUUACUGCAGUGAUGCGUCUAAGUUUAUCUCGGUUUUGCUGACAUCCCUGACAACGAUGUUACAGAUGGAACUCCCGCAUGUGAAUGUGCUGUCCAAGUGUGACCUCAUACAGAAGUACGGCAAGCUGGCGUUCAACCUGGAUUUCUACACUGAGGUCCUUGACCUCUCCUACAUACUCGAUCAGUUCAAGGAGGAGGAGGAGCAUAGCAGGUACAAGAAACUAAAUGCAGCCAUUGUUGAUAUUGUGCAGGACUACAGCCUUGUCUCCUUUGUCCCACUCUUUGUAGAGGACAAGGAGAUAAUGUUACGUGUGAUGAAGGCGGUGGACAAGGCUAACGGCUAUGUGUUUGGGGAUCUCGAGGAACGAAACUUGCAAGAGAUGCUCUCCUGUGCUGCCGGGGCUGAAUUUGAGUACGAGAAAAUACAGAACAUACAGGAACACUUUGUGGAUGACUCUGCUGGUACAAGCACUGAAAAUGGUUGAACCCACAGGGAUGGGUUGAAGUGUUUGAUGUGAUAGAAUGUUCUUGCAUAAAUGAGCUACUACUAUCACUAAAUUUUCGUAACUAACAACUGAGUUGAAGACUUAUGUUGUCAUGUACAGUGGUGCCUUGUUCAUGCUUACAAUGUCAAUUCUACUGAAAAGAACAUCUGUUCAUUACAUUCUCAUGUCCGAAGUGAGUUACAUGGAGACCUAAGAGAUGGUGUCAUUAUAAUUGUGAUACAUGUAUGAUGUUGUUAUUGACAUGACUAAGUGCGCAUUAGAUGUUAUUUCUGCUG